CUUGAGCAUGCGGCGACAGCCAGAAGACGAAGGCCUCCGAGAGACUGCGGUCAAGACAAGGUAGUCGUCGGAGAGUCGGUGCACGGAAGCGGGAAGUGCAGGCGACGCCAAGCAAGAUGACGCCGAGUGCAGAAGGCUCAAAGAAAGUUGAGAAGGCAGAUGCAAGACGACAAGAAAUCUGUACAUCCCAUAUCAACCUUGCCGCAAACGCCCACUAAUAUACCCUCUCUCGAUUCCCCACGUUUGCUCCAAUUGGUCUUCUCGUCGAAACCGGAAAAGCGCAAAGGAAGCGCAUUCGAAGGCAUCCAUGGUAUUAGCCCGCGUGGCUGAAUACCUGUUCCCGUCCGACACCAUUUCACACUAUGAUCCAACUGCGGCGGCGACACAGCAACGGAAUCAGCAGGCCGAAAGAUUGCUGCAGCAGUCAAUCAUGGACGAGGAGGAUUUAGAUGCGGUCAGACCGCCGUACAUUCAUGCAAUGUUGGCAGGAGGUCUCGGUGGUUUGAUGGGUGACAUGCUCAUGCACUCGCUCGACACAGUCAAGACAAGGCAACAGGGCGACCCUCAUAUGCCGCCGAAAUACACAUCCAUGGGCUCCACCUAUCGCACCAUCUGGCGCCAGGAGGGUCUGGUACGAGGACUGUACGGAGGCGUGACACCUGCUUUCCUCGGUUCUUUUACCGGUACUUUGACCUUCUUCGGCGCCUACGAAUACUCCAAGCGCGCAAUGAUCGACUUUGGUGUCAAUCCCUCAGUCGCCUACUUCACCUCUGGCUUCUUCGCCGAUCUUGCCGCCUCGCCCUGGUACGUCCCUUCCGAGGUUCUUAAGACCAGACUGCAAUUGCAGGGCCGAUACAACAACCCCUACUUCCACAGCGGCUACAACUACCAUGGCACCUGGGAUGCCUUUAGAACCAUCAUGCGCGUUGAAGGAUGGCGGGAGAUGUUCUCUGGCUACUCGGCCACCCUGGCACGCGACCUGCCCUUCUCCGCUUUACAGUUCGCCUUUUACGAGCAAGAGCAACGCAUUGCAAAAGCUUGGAUGGGAAGCAAGGACAUCGGUCUUCCGCUGGAAAUCUUCACCGGCGCGAGCGCUGGAGGAAUGGCAGGUGUCAUCACUUGUCCACUGGAUGUGGUCAAGACACGCAUCCAGACUCAAUUGGACCCCGAGUUUGCUCAUGCGCCCGCCUCGCAGCCCUCGAAGCCUGCCUCCGCCGUCAGUCCGGCCAGCACAACACAUAGACCCACUGGACAUGGCCCUUCGAUUCAUGAUUCCAAACGGCCCAUAUCGACUGGAGGUCCCUCGACUGCUUUAAAGAAUCACGGAGCGGUUGCUCUCGAAACUGAGAAUGUCAUUGCAGGCUUGAAGGUCAUUUACAAGCAUGAGGGCGUUGCUGGUCUCUUUAGAGGUGUGGGCCCUCGUUUCGUAUGGACGAGUGUACAGAGCGGGACCAUGCUUGUAAUGUACCAGCAGCUCCUCAAGUAUUUCGAGUUACAUCCACUCAUGGGUUCCGACGAGGACGAGCUGGCGUUGUCGUGAAGAAGCGCUUAAACUUGUAUUAUAAGAACGGUUUGUGCUAUGGAAGCAUUUCGGGGGCGUUUCAUCUGCAAACCCAAGCCAUGAUAGACGCAUUUUGGAGC